UCAGCGGACGCCCUGCUCAGUUCGCGCCUGGUCGUUGUAGGUGGAGGUUGUGUCCUCUCUCUCGGGAGUAGCUGCAAAAAUUUCCUUUUCGUCCUUCGCUGCGGAAGGAGGGCGUCCGUUGGGCCUUCCUCUCUGUCCCGAGCGAAGUGCCGGUGCCUUGAACCCGUUUUCGAGAAGGAUCCUGAAAGGCAGGGGAGCUUCCAGCCGUCCCGGAUGUCCAACUACGUGAGCGGGAUGUGGCCGGGCUCGCUGCCCGAGGAGUCCCCGUCGGCCUCGGGCCGGUCCAGCCGGCUGUCGUCGGCGACCGGGAGCCGCUCUCCCAGGAGCUCGCGGUCCCGUUCCAGCGCCUCCAGCCGGUGGUCGUCCAGCAGUCGGAGCCGGCCCCGGCGCGGGAGCAGGUCCAGGUCUCGGUCCCGGUCGCGGAGACGCCACCAGAGGAAGUACAGGCGCUAUUCGCGGUCCUACUCGCGGAGCCGCUCGCGAUCCCGCAGCCGCCGCCGCCACCGGGAGAGGCACUACGUCUCCUCCAGGAGGUGUUACCGGUCUCCGUCUCCCUCGCCGGACCGGUCCCGCAGCCGGUCCCGCUCUCGGGGACGGUCGUAUUACCGAAGGGCCUACGCGGUCAUGCGGGGGCGACGCUACUAUGGCUUCGGUCGCUCCGUGUACCCAGAGGAGCGCAGGAGUUGGCGGGCGAGAUCCAGGACGAGGUCGCGGAGUCCAACGCCGUUUCGCUUAAGUGAGAAAGAUCGAAUGGAGCUGUUAGAAAUAGCAAAAGCCAAUGCAGCAAAAGCUUUAGGAACAACCAACUUUGAAUUGCCCCCCAGCCUCCGAGUUGUUCCUGGGCUUAAGGAAACAAACCAUGAAACAGCCAUACCAAACAAAGGGGCAAAGUGUGAGCUGUCAGAAAAGCUAAAAGAAGAUGGAACUACAAAUGCCAGUGAAAAGUCCUCUCAACAAAAAAGCAGUAGCUUUAAUAAUUUUGUAGCAAAGCCAAUGCUUCAAAAAUCAGCUAAAGCUACUGCUGAAGAGACCUCUUCAGGAUCUCCAAAAACCCAGAAAAAAAGUCCAUAUGAAUUGUGGAAACCUGUUUAAAAAAGAACUGAUGGCUAAGGUUGCCUGAAAUGCACUUUAUUGCAAGUUUGUUUUGUAUAGCAUUAUAUCAUUCCUGUGAACAAUUUAGAGGUAAUUGUUAACAUUUUAGAUUUCUCUUGCAGAUAAGAGCACACAUGGACCAGAGGGUUACAUACAGGUGGGAGUCUUUGUAUAUUCUUGUAAAUAUUUUGUGUAAUAUCAAUUGGUUACACAGAAAUUAAAUUUAUAUGAAACAGGAAUUAAAUUGUGUUGUAUAUAUUAAUAAAGUUUGUGUUUUUACUAUU